AAAAUAGAUUUGUUUCAUUCGUUUACUUCACGAAAAUCAUUCCGAUUAUAGAAUUGUAUAUGUUUAAAGCAUCUAAGUUUGACCUAAAUUAAAAUUAUCCUAAUUAUGUUAACAUACUUGAUUGUGCAGUACAUGAUUUUGUCGAUUUGUUAGAAAAUGUGCAUAAAGUGUCAAGCAAAUCUCAUGUUAUCCGAUUAUUCGCCUUUAAAUCAUACAUAUUACACCCUAUUUCUUGAGUAGUAUAGUUUAUAGUAGUUUAUGAUACUUAUAUAGUUUAUAGUAGUAUAGUUUACAGUAAUCUACAGUAAUAUUAUCAACAAUAAUUACAGUGUUUAAAUUAUAACUCCCAUUUCUCCAAAAAAGAUGGCAGAUGCCCAUCUCUCUUGCCCCCACUAAACUUGUCUCGUAGUUUGUUCACUCAAAGUAUAUUAUAUACAGUUUAUAUAAUUUUAACGUGGACUUUGUAAUAUUGGAUUCUGACUUCUGUGUUUUUUUUUGCGUCCAAGAAUUCUUUCUCUCUUGGAAAUUUUUCGGAUUUCCAUAAUAUUUAACUUAUAAUACAAAUAAAUAAAUGCUUCCAACAGUGGCGUCACGUUAACAUGUGCCGGGCAACCAGCCAAGAACCGGCUAGACACACUCAUUAUGUCCCAAGUUUAAGUUCCACCUAAUUUUUGUCAAGGAUCUGGCAAAGGAUACGGUAGCAGAACAUUACGUGACGCCACUGGUCGAAUAUUUAAACACGGCAUUUUAAAUGAAAGUAUGUCUAAUAGUCUUUAACUAAGUCUUAACAUGAUAUCUCAUACCAGUGCCCAAGCAAGAUGUUGUGGACGCCAUGAAGUAAGCUGCAGACUAAGCGGAAUAAACCAUUGAUCCGUGUGGAGAUGGUACGGUUGGUAGAUCUUAUAAUGGCUGUGCUGUGCACUUUGCUGGCCAUGUGCACUGGGGAGAGCAUUACCAAUCCUGAAUCUACUGACAUUAUGGCCACAAAGAUCGGGGAGGUGCUGGCAAAAUUGAUGAAAAAGGGAUUUGAUAAAGGAGCUAUUGAGAUGAUUUACAGCACACAGAGCUAUGAAACUUACACUGGACUCCAGAUACUAGAGAAGAUAGAGAAAAAUGUAACGAAACAGUUCAAAAAUUCGGAGAAAAAUUUGAGGAACAUCAGAAAGAGUGCACUUGAGAGUUUCUAUAACUACACCGGGGACACUAACGACUUUGACUUCCUCGAACGUUUCCAAGAUGUUACUCACAAGGGCCAAAAUAUGAGCUAUCAAAAAUUAACAAACUUUAAGCGACCAGUAUCAGUCACCAACUCAAGUCUUGUGAUACCUAUUGAUGUGUAUUACAACUGGACUAAGGUAAGGGAGACUAUUCUCUGGACAGCGAGGAUGGAUCCCAACUUUAUAGCGAACUGGGCUCCAAACCAAACUGGAUCAGCAACAACGCUCCAGUACUUAGGAACACCUCACGGAGUCAUGAGAACUUACCCUUCCUACUACACUCCCAGAGUUGGCAAGUGGAUCACUUACGACUGUCGCUUUAGAGGGUGGUAUGGGGUGGGGGCGGCCGAAUCUAAAAAGGUGGUUUUCCUGAUGGAUAUGAGCGGGACACUGGCAGUCAGAACUGGUAAACUGAUGAGGGAAAUGGCAGUUAGCAUCAUAAAAACUAUUGUAUCUGACGAGGACUACAUAUCCGUCCUUACUUUUAAUCAAGUUGUUGAGCCCAUUGGCUGUGGAACUCAGAUGGUGAGAGCUAGAAAGCGAGUUAAAGAUAUCCUCAUCGGACAGAUUAGGAAGAUAAAACCUCAAGGAUCUGCGAACCUAACCAUGGCGAUAAGAAUGGGCAUAGAAGUUUUAAAUAACUCUAAGAACCUAGACACGUGCCAUUCUACAUUGGUUCUUUUCACAGACUACACUCAGAGAGAUAUCGUUAGUAUUUUCAAAACAUACAACAUAGAUCCCCGCGUUAAGAUCGUUAUUCUGCAAGUUGGUAAGGACGUGCUGUUUGCAAGUGACCUGAAGCUUGCAGCAGCUACUCUAGGUGGUUUCCAUGCCCAGAUUGAAGAUCUCUCCGAUAUCAACCCCACUAUCCUACAGCUGACCAGUGAGCUGUUUACCUCUGUUGUGGAUGAGGACGAACUACAUGUGAAAACUACGGCAAUGUACAAAGACGCGUCAACUGAGGAGUACAUAGCCACGCUGGUAGUGCCUGUGGUAACAGAUAAAGCUGCUAACUGGACCACACCUUCCAGUCUGCCUCAAGGUAAAGGGGCAUUUCUGGGAGUGGCUGCUGUGGACAUCGAGGCCAAAAGUUUAGGACUAUACCCACUGUCCACUGCCAGGGGAUGUUAUGCAGUGACAGUGGAUCUGAAGGGGAGUGUUCUCUAUCAUCCUGUCCUGUACGGAACAAAAGAAUCCAUAGAGAUAGAUCAGAAGCUUCACCUCUACUCUUAUCUCAACAACGGAGCAACAAUGAAGAAGGUUGAACAGGGCAUGGUUUUCCAAAAUUUCACUGAGCAAGCAAAAUUACUUUACCUGGAGGUAUCAGAUACGUCGGUUUCAAAACGAACACGAAGUUUUGCCAACAAUUACUUCUUUAAUGUGCUGAAUGCAAUUGACGAAAAGAAUUCUCUUCUUCACAUCUGUAACAGAGAGUCUUUAGCCUUCCCCAAGCGAACUAACGUCCAGAAGACGCGAGUUAAAGUGUUUACAGAGAACCAGGGUCCCCAAAAGGACGUGUCACGUGACACUGCUUACUGUACUUACAGUAAAUUCUUCGGCAAAGUAGCGGGUGAUGAUAUCGUAGAUAACGAAACUGUCGAGGAGUUCAUCAAUCGGAAGUUUCAGUUUCCAGAAUGCCACGAUUUUGCAUACGAGAUAUUUGAUGAUAUCUACAUGGUAUCUGAAUAUCUCAGUGCCUACCUGAAGGAAGAUCCGACGAAUCUGUUCGUCACAACGGCGGCUGGAAGCAGGUUCAAGAUAAUCGAGGGCAACAAAACGAAACGAACAAACAGUCCGUACACCCGUGAGAGGUACACCAGACUAGUCUCACUCGUUACCAACAGUGGGAAUAACAACAUGUUAUCUGUCACAGACGUCAGUGCUACCUCCACGGAGUGCAUCUUCGAACUUUCCCAGAUCAUCUAUCACCAGCAAAGUAACUCUUACCCUCUCAUGCUUUCAUUUAGGGUACCGGCUCUGAAACUAGAGGAACAAAUGUAUGAGCCCUUUCGGGGGAUGGGAGGAAGCCGGUUUUUAGUAGACGAAAACGCAUUUAUCGUAUCAUCGGACGCUGAAGAGCAUCAAGGACAACACUUAGCCAAACUCUUCCCUAGACUGAUGGAGGAGCUUUUAGCAAAGGGUAUUUACAACUCCUUCAAUCACACAGAAUGCUACUACAGCUGCGAGGACGUAUAUCCUGAAAAUACUAUGCCACCUAAGAGUGCUGCUGACUCUGUGAGCCUAUACUUGCGUUAUCCUUCUGUGAGAAUUCUUACAAAUGUGCUGUUUUCCACCGCAUCUGUAGUAAUGAACCUACUGUCGAACAUUUGGUUCUUCAUACUGAAUCCUUCAAUUUUGGUAUCCGGUAUAUCAGAAUCGGACGAUCAGUUGAAGGAGGACUGGAAGUCUAUUAAGAUCGACCUAACAUGUUGCCAGAUUCACCCCUUCAUGUCCCGGAACUUCUCCGUAGAGGUGGGUACAGGGAACAAUCUUCAGCAGUCUCCCACCUGUUACCAGUCCUUCAACUACAGUGCAGUUCCGAACACUAACCUCCUCUUGGUGUGGGCCUCCUGCACGGACUGCUCGUGUCAGGGACCCGAGUAUAAUCUGGAGACGAUAAGGAACCAGGUUCUGAACCCUUGUACGGAGAGUGAUGAGAACUAUAACCCAGGUACCAACUGUGCCACCCAAUACACCGGGCUGGAUUAUGGUGUGGAGCAGAGAGAGGGUGUCAGUGCGGGAACUGGUGUUUGGAGAGGUUCACUCCUCGUUAUAGCAGUCGCUCUUCUUUAUUUAUAGUGACUUUUUAAAUGGUCUGAUAGCGUGGAAGUCUGGUUAUUCGUAGUUUGUACUUAUAGUCUAUCUAGUAACGAUGUUCUUAGUCACAGUGUUGAUUCUUGUAGUAAAUAACAAUGGUGAAAUGUUUGGCAUAAUUUUGCCCUUUUUUGAAUUUUAUGUUUUAUUUACAUGAUAUUUAUCGCGGAAUGAGAAGUAGACGACUUACAGAUAUUUGGAGAGUUUGUGUUUUAAUGUUUUAUUCGAUUUGAUAUCUUUUGAUUUUUAGCCUGUUAAUUUAUGUUAAUAUUGUAUUACGUAAAAUACGAAACGAAUUUUAUCUCUGAUAUCAGAAAAUAAGUGCACUAUCUUGAUUCCAUGGUAUGUAAAAAAAGGGAUAAAUAGAUUACGUUUCAUAAUUUUACUGAAACAUCAGUCAUUAUCUUAAUUAGACGCGACGAAUGAUAAUAGAAAGGAGUGAUGGUUUACAGAUCUUGACAAUGCGCAUAAUAAGAUCUUGAACAUAUUUUGAAAUAGUUUGAACAUUCCAACAUCUGCCGUAAGUUAUUAACAGUGCUGAUCAA